UCCGAAGAAUAAAAAAAAUUUCUUUCGAAAGAUCGAUCUAGUUCGAUCGAUCGAUUUAUUUAUUUGUUUUCUGAUCGAUCGAAUAUUUAACGGUCAUUAACAAAGAUCGCGUUUAGUUUGCUUUGUUGCAUACAUACAUACAUACAUAUAUACAUAUACACGGUUGCCGCAAUAUAUACACAUACACAUAUAACAUUCGAAGAAAUUACAAAAGGAAGAAAGAAGUCUUGAAGAGAAGAAAAAAAAAAAGAAAAGGAAAGAGUGAAAAAAACUCGUGAACAAUCGAUACUUGUGAUCGAUCGAUCCAAUUCAUCCAUCCAUCCAUCCAUCCAUCCAUCCAUCAUCAAUCGGGGAAGGAUGUCGCACGACAACUUAGGAUUUACGGCUAGUACGGAUGCUUUGGAACCAAAAGGAUGGCACUCGAGUUCCGUACCGAUGCAACACAAUAACACAAAAACGAAUGACCGGGCAAAUAUCUACACGUUAGAACUCGAAGAAAAGAAGAAAGGUAUUCAAGAAUACGACGAUGAUGAUUAUGAACCAUACGACCAUAGAACUGUUGCACAUCCAACCACAACCGUGGAGACAUUAUUUCAUUUAUUAAAAGGUAGUUUAGGUACUGGAAUUCUUGCAAUGCCAAUGGCCUUUCACAAUUCGGGAUACGCGUUAGGCAUGGUUGCUACGAUAAUCAUUGGUCUACUUUGUACAUAUUGCAUGAGAAUGCUCGUAACUUCGAUGUACAUCUUGUGUAAGAGAAAGAAGGUAGCAUCCAUGACUUAUCCUGCAACUAUAGAAGCUGCUUUAGAAGAAGGUCCAAUUUGUUUGAGGUGGUUUUCCAAAUAUUCCAUACACGUAACCAAUACUUUCUUAUUAAUUUAUCAAUUGGGUAGUUGUUGUGUCUACGUCGUGUUCAUUGCAAAUAAUUUAAGAAGGGCACUGGAAAGUUUCCUUUCCGAAGACGCAAAAGUUUAUAUGACCGAUAAAAUCUACAUGGUAUUAUUAAUUUUGCCAUUGGUUUUUAUUAACUGGAUUAAAAAUCUGAAAUUUUUGGUGCCCUGUUCGAAAGUUGCCACUGUUAUAACUUUCGUAAGUUUUAGUAUAAUACUCUACUACAUAUUCAAGGAUCCUUUAUCAUUUGAUAAUCGUGAACCGAUUGGAGAAAUCGAAAAUUUUCCUCUUUAUUUUGGGACUGUACUCUUUGCACUUGAGGCUAUCGGUGUGAUUAUGCCUUUGGAAAAUGAGAUGAAGAAACCAAAAUAUUUCACAGCUCCGUGUGGUGUAUUAAAUAUUGGCAUGGGUACAAUCGUUGUUUUGUAUGCCGGAAUGGGAUUUUGUGGAUAUAUACGUUAUGGUAGUGACAUAAAAGGCAGUAUCACGUUGAAUCUUCCAUCUAACGAAGCAUUAGCGAAAUCUGUACAAUUACUUCUUGCAUUGGCUAUUUAUUUCACUCAACCUAUUCAAUGUUACGUUGCAAUCGACAUUGUUUGGAACGAAUAUUUGAGUCCACGUCUUGAAAAAAAUUCUUACAGAAAAUUAUGGGAAUAUCUUGUAAGGACUGGUCUUGUAUUAAUCACUGCUUUGCUGGCCAUUGCAGUUCCAAGUUUGGAGUACUUCAUAUCCCUGUUUGGUGCAUUGUGUCUCUCAGCUCUCGGUUUAGGAUUCCCUGCGAUUAUUCAACUGUGCACAUGUUGGAAAGAAUCUGGUCGAUGGACCAGAGCUUUAAUGUUGUUUAAAAAUUUAUUAAUCGUUGUUAUCGGAGUAAUCGGUCUUUUAGUUGGAACUUAUACAAGUUUAAAAGAGAUCUUUGAAAAGGUCAUUCUAAAGGAUGCGAAUUGACCGACAUGAUCGAUUAUUAUGAAAGGGAAAUUACUGAAAUGAAUGAAGAAACACUUGACUAGUGAGAGUAUACCGGAGUGCUCUCAGUCACAAGAAAGACACCGGGGAUUUAUAAAAUUGUGAUAUAUGUAUAUAUAUACACACAUACACAUACACAUAAACACACACAUAUAUAUAUGCAUUAGUACACCAAGAGAGCCGAGGAAGUAUAAAACCAUAACUUUAUAAGUCGUCAUGAAAUGACAUUUAACAACGUAGUAUUGUAUAUACAAUGAUCGAUAUGAAAUUACUGAAUCAUCGAUUUCUCAAUAUCGAUGAUAAAAAAAAAAAAAAAGAGAAACUUUCAUACAUUAGAAAGAAAAAAUCUUUCCUGGUUGCGAGAUAAUGAUCUUAUAUAUUAUUUUUUUUUUAAAUAUACUCCUAUUUUGUGAGUUUGUGCCGUGUCGACUAUCGAAGAAUAGUUUUUUAUCCAAAUAAUAAUUAAAUAUAAGGGAAAAAAAAAUUAAAAAAAAAAAAA